AGAUGAUGACGACGGCUUCACUAAAUUUAGCCUCCGAACGCUCGGCAGCAAUGGCGAAGCCUUCCCUACCGCUGAAGCUGCUUCUCACGGUGUUUAUAUUCGCUAAUCUUCCUGCAAGGUCCUUUCAGACUGAUGACGACGAUGAGGUGUCAAACAAGACGUGGGUGCUGACCCCCAAAGUGUAUGAGAGUGAUGUCACACACAUCCUGAACAGCCUACUGGAUGGCUACGACAACAAACUCAGGCCUGACAUCGGAGUCAAACCAACAGUGAUCCACACAGACAUGUUUGUGAACAGCAUUGGGCCAGUAAAUGCCAUCAACAUGGAGUACACCAUCGACAUCUUUUUUGCCCAGACCUGGUACGACAGAAGAUUAAAGUUCAACAGCACAAUGAAGGUGCUGCGUCUCAACAGCAACAUGGUUGGGAAGAUCUGGAUCCCAGAUACCUUCUUCCGAAACUCGAAGAAAGCAGAUGCACACUGGAUCACCACUCCAAAUCGCAUGCUUCGCAUUUGGAACGAUGGAAGAAUUCUCUACACGCUAAGGCUGACUAUAGAUGCUGAGUGCCAGCUUAAACUGAACAACUUCCCAAUGGAUGAACACUCCUGUCCCCUGGAGUUCUCAAGCUACGGCUAUCCCAGGGAAGAGAUUGUGUACAAGUGGAAGAGGAGUUCAGUGGAAGUUGGGGACAUCCGUUCCUGGAGGCUCUACCAGUUCUCUUUUGUAGGCCUGAGGAACACGUCUGAGAUUGUCAGGACUGUCUCAGGAGACUAUGUGGUGCUGACUGUCUUCUUUGACCUGAGCAGGAGAAUGGGCUACUUCACAAUCCAGACCUACAUCCCCUGCACCCUGAUCGUUGUCCUCUCCUGGGUCUCUUUCUGGAUUAACAAGGAUGCUGUACCUGCCAGGACCUCCUUAGGUAUUACCACUGUGCUGACCAUGACCACGCUGAGCACCAUCGCUAGGAAAUCUCUUCCAAAAGUCUCCUACGUGACCGCCAUGGACCUGUUCGUCUCUGUUUGCUUCAUCUUCGUCUUCGCCGCACUGAUAGAGUACGGCACACUGCACUACUUUGUCAGCAACAGGAAGCCCAGUGCAAAAAAGGACAAGAAGAAGAAAAAUCCUCUCCUCCGGCUCUUUUCCUCAAAGCAGACACCCACAGUGGACAUCCGCCCACGCUCCGCCACGGCUAUCCAGAUGAACAACGCCACACACAUGCAGGAGAGGGAUGAGGAGUACGGCUACGAGUGUCUGGAUGGGAAGGACUGCACCAGCUUCUUCUGCUGUUUUGAAGACUGCCGCUCAGGAGCCUGGCGGCACGGCAGGCUGCACAUUCGCAUUGCCAAGAUAGACUCGUAUGCACGCAUUUUUUUCCCCACCGCAUUUGGUCUCUUCAACUUGGUCUACUGGGUCUCUUAUCUCUAUCUCUAG